AUGGCCCAGUCAUCUCUGCCAUUCCAUUCCAACUCUCACUCCCUCUUGCCAUCCCCUCUGACUCAAUCCACCAUCCGUUCUCCAUCCCUUCAUUUGCCCCUCUUCCCUUUCAGCGCUACGGCCCAGUCAUCUCUGCCAUUCCUUCUGCACCUCUCACUCCCUCUUCCUUUCCCCGCAAAUUCAUUCCUUCGCACUCAAUUCGCCGCCCCUAUCCCCCUUCCUCUCUCUUCCUCUCUUUCUUCUCCCCCUCAGCGCUACGGUCCAUUAAUCCAUCCAUCGCCCUCUCUCUCUCCCCUCCCUUCCCGUCGCCCUCGCUCUCUCCCCUCGCUUCCCGUCGCCCUCUCUCUCUCCCCUCCCUUCCCGUCGCCCUCUCUCUCUCCCCUCCCUUCCCGUCGCCCACUCUCUCUCCCCUCCCUUCCUGGUGACCUCGCUCUCUCCCCUCCCUUCCCGUCGCCAUCGCUCUCUCUCCUCCCUUCCCGUCGCCAUCGCUCUCUCCCCUCCCUUCCCGUCGCCAUCGCUCUCUCCUCUCCCUUCCCGUCGCCCUCUCUCUCUCUCUCUCCCCUCCCUUCCCGUUGCCCUCGCUCUCUCCCCUCCCUUCCCGUCGCCAUCGAGCUCUCCCCUCCCUUCCCGUCGCCAUCGCAAGAUGCAGUCGUCGUUUUUGGCUAA